CUAGCUAAUUAUAAUACAUGGAACUGUGUUAGCAUAUAGCAGCAUUUAAAUGAGAUGAGAUGUGUAAUGCUAAGAAAUACUCAGCUAAUGUAGUGUUACCGUGACUUUUUUUAAAAAUAUAAUGGCGCCUUUCAUGUCACUCAAGAUCACCUUACUUCAAGUACAGUGAUAAAACAGACAAUUAACAAUGAAGCAUUAAUAAAACAUCAGCACAGUCAACAUGUGAUAGGGCAAAUGUAUUAAAAUCAACAGUUGUAAAACACAAGUUGCCGUUGAGCCAGUUAAAGUGCGUAGGUUUAUUUUAAAAGAUGGGUUCCAAGAGCAGUUUUGAAUUGUGGAAAUUGGGAGUUCCAGAGUUUUGGUGCUGCAUGGGAGAAAAUCCCCGGCACCCUCUGUGCUGAGGUUCGGGAUGAGUUGCAGUUGGUGGAUGAGUUUUUUGGGGCGUAGUCCGGAGACGUUUCGUAGAUGGAAAAAGGCAAUCCGGGAGACAUUGUUAAUAUGGCUGGAGAAAGUGGGGGUAUUGUCCAGGAGUUUAUAUCUUGUUCAGUACUUUAUCUAAAUUUGAGAUUAAAAUUUUAAUUUCAGUCAUUAAGGUGAUGGUAAUUUGUUAAAAAUGUUAUGUUGGUUUAAGAUGAGUAUUUGUUAAAGACAGCAAUAUUUAAGUUCCUGUUUAAACUGGUAAGCAUGGUACUGUCGCUGUAAGAGAAAUCGCUCUAUGCAUGGCUUUGAAGUUAAUUAUGUCAUUGCUUUGAAGUUAGCUAGUUCAGUUGAGGCUCAAGCUGCUUCCAUUCCUGCAGCUCCUUUUCAGCCUCUGCCUGUAACACCUGGACAGUUAGAUGUCACAAUGGCGUACUGUAAUAUGGGACAUCACCCACGUUCCAUCCUUGUCAUUACUCUUCUUUUUGUGUAGGGAGUGUUUAGAUGUGAACUUUGGUGCACAGCUAUUAAAAAAAUGAAGGAUGAACGUGUCAUUUUGGGAGAUGUGAUUUUUGAUACUGUGAGUAACAAGAGGUGUAUGUCGCUGUAGUUUCCAUGCCACUACCAUGAGUUGGAGUUUCCUGACUCGUCUGCUGGAGGAAAUCCACAACCACUCUACAUUUGUGGGCAAGAUCUGGCUCACUGUCCUCAUUGUUUUCCGCAUCGUGUUGACAGCCGUGGGAGGCGAGUCCAUCUACUACGAUGAGCAGAGCAAGUUUGUGUGCAACACGGCUCAGCCGGGCUGCGAGAACAUCUGCUACGACUCCUUCGCUCCACUCUCACACGUUCGCUUCUGGGUCUUCCAAAUCAUCCUGGUGGCCACACCUUCGCUCAUGUACUUGGGCUACGCUGUCAACAAGAUUGCUCGCGCAGAUGAGCGUGCUGACAGUGGGGAAGCGGGCGGAUUGUCACGGAGGAAACCCAAGAAGCACUCUCUUUUGACCAGAAGGCAGCAUAGGGGCAUUGAAGAGGCUGAGGAUGACGAAGAGGAAGACCCAAUGACCUAUGAAAUGGCAGAGGUGAUAAGUGAUGGUGAUGGAGCAGCAAAAGAAAACGGUGAUGAUGGACAAGUAAAGGUCAAGGUGCGGCAUGAUGGGCGCCAGCGUAUCAAAGAAGAUGGACUUAUGCGCAUCUACGUCGUUCAGCUCUUGGUUCGCACUUUGUUGGAGGUGGCGUUCCUGUGUGGACAGUAUGCGCUGUAUGGAUUUGCAGUACCUCACACCUACUUGUGCUCUGACCUGCCCUGCCCUCACAAUGUGGACUGCUUUGUGUCUCGCCCCACUGAGAAAACCAUCUUUCUCCUCAUCAUGUACACAGUCUCCCUGCUCUGUCUGGCUCUCAAUAUAUGGGAGAUGCUUCACUUGGGCAUCGGUACCAUCUGUGAGAUUGUACGCUCCCGCCGGGAGCAGCUCCCUGAUGAAGAGUUGUACGGACUGAAACAAGGAUCUCUUAAGGAGGCAGGAUUUGACAGCAAGGAUUUCACCAACUACUCUUAUUCUUGGAAUGCAGCAUCAUCUCCACCACGGUAUGACAUCGCCAUCAAGCCUCUUGUGGUACCUACAAAGAACCAUGAGAAAGCACUGCCCAUCACUGAUCUCGCUGAUGCUAAGAUGGCAUGCCAGCAGAACCACGUGAACAUUGCCCAAGAGGAGCGUCAGCAGUACACCAACAACGAUGACAACCGGGGCAGAAAAGGAAGGGGAGAUGCCUCCAGCUGUUUUCAGAAGGAUCUCAGUCAGCCUCAGAAAACAGACAGUCAGGGGUACCGCCAGCUUCAGAGCGACAAUAAUAACCACAGCAAUCCUAACCGUGAACAUAAACACCAGCCGGUCUACAAACACAACAAGACAAGAGUGUUGAAAGGCUCUGAGUGGAUCUGACGUACACACUGACUUUUGGUUUUUUCUUAAAAUCAAUACGAAACAUCCUCACAUCAACACAUAUAUUUACAUUUUUAUGUCUUGUAUUAAACUGUAUUAAAGAAAGACAGGGAAGCCACUUUACAUAAUUUUCAAUGAUAUUCUUGCAAUUUAAAUAGUAAGUGGAACAUUUGUGCCAAAAAAAAAAGUCUAUGAACCUAGACAUACCUGACUGGGAUGUAGUAAUCGAGUCUGACGAGUCGCUAUUUUGGGGACUCCUGACUCGACUUGGACUCACGCAUUAAUGACUCAGACUUGGACUCUGACCCGAGGAUUAAUGCAAGAGGACUCAAGCUUUCAUGAAAUCGGACUCGAAGGUGGAUGAAGUCCCUGACAACUUAUAUGUUUAAAAGGUCUGUCAAUUUAGUCUGUAACAGUUUCUUGCAAGGGCAGGGUGUGUGUGUCCUCUUCCACCUGCAGAUUCAGCGCGCCCCACACUGGAACAAAUUUGGAAGAUGCAGCGCGACGUGCCCCGGGUCGUGAAGACUUUGAAUGGUGAAAGCUAUGUCAUUUUUGUAGACCCCCUUUUAUUUGUGACUUGGACUUGGACACAAACACUGGGGACUCGAGACGAACUCGGGAGUUGGUGACUCUACUAUAACACUGCCUCUUGAUAAUAGACAUUUAAUGCAAAUAUAUUGCGUUCAAGUAUGCAAAAAUGUGUUUUUAUUUUGAAUACUAAAAAUAUCUUACAUAUGUCUUUUGCUGUGGGAUGUUAGUGUUGGUCUUUGAUUCAAUGUGGAUGCACAGAUGCUUCCAUGCUGAAACCUAAGGUGCCUUUUUUCAAACAGUCAAAAAAAAUGUCACAGGUUUGAUGGUGAUUUGCCAUUUUUCCUGCUAUAGAGAGAAGUGUUAUGUUUUCGGUCGCUGAUUUUAGUGUUUCUGUUAUUAUUUUGAAGAUAAAAAAAUGCUUUGAUAGAUUUUUAAAUGUAUUGGUCAGUGGAUGUUUGUGAAAGUUAGAUGACCUGAAUCUGAGUCUUUUUGUUGGCCUGUUACAUUUUUGACAUAUGUUGUUUGUUUAAAGUUUAUGCUAUGAAGGUUUCAACCAUUAGUCAAUUAUUUUUUUCAUCUGGCCUGUUUUUUAUAUAUAUAUAUGUAUAUAUUUCUGGUAUGAAUAAUUCCGUUCUUUUAUUUUCACAUUGAAAUGCCAUUAAGGCUAUAGCCCUUGGCACUGUGCCACUGCAAGUAUUUUUACUACAUUUGUCGCACAUUUUACAAUGUUUGUGUCAUGACAUAUUUAAAGAUAUAUUGAUUUUGGAUUGCAUCACUUCCCUUGGGUGGAACAAUUUUGAGUUAUAAUAAAAUAUUUGAAUCCAUGUGAACAAAUGUUUGAAGGUGCCAGUGGACUUUCUUGAGGAUUCAUGUUUGCAGGCACACUGCCCUCUGCUGGGCAGGGAGCCUUGUGUGAGGCUCCAGCUGACAAAGCAUGUUAUCAAUUUUGUCAGUUUUUUUUAAAUGAUGUGAUUUUGUUUUCUCGAGGUGAUGUCAUUUUGUAAUUUUACCCCGUUAAAGAAGCAACCCAAUUUUUUUAACAUGUAUUCUGAAAGAGAAGUGAAACAUUUCCAAUUAAGGCAAGUGUGACAAUAUGUCCUACUCCAGAUAAGUCCCAUUUUGAUAUCCUAUGGAUAACUUUCAUACUUACAACCAUUUGUUGUUUUAUUUUUCAACCAUCUCUGUGCCUGAGAGAAGUGGAUCACACAAAGUAAUACGUCUUAUUUGUCUGUGUUAUCUUAGCAAGCAAGAAUUUGAGCCGCUGGUUGAAACUGACAAGGAUAGAGCAAUGAUUAAAAAACAAAUUUCAACUGGU